AUGCUGCGACGGUCUGCGCAUGCCCCCCCAAGGGGAGUGGCGCGAUCUUCAGUCGUGAUAACACCCCGAAACGGAUCCCAACUAUUUUAUAUCAGAAACCCGGCCUUUACUUCUUGCCUCCACACAGCUGCGCAUAAUGAGCGAAAGGGUAUCAAAUCGCUUUCUGUACCCUCCACGGCGAGAUUCAACGAGAUCGGCGUUCAACAGCUCAGCGACUAUGUACACUCUCAAAUAUUCUUGAAUAAACCGACUCCGCCCGACGAAAAGCUCGUCGCUUUAUCGAAAGACCACUUGUCUCGUCAUGAACUUCUCGGUAAAUCUCAGGAGGCCGCGGAGCCUAUCGCAUUUGACUUCCCUCCGCUGGUCGGACACACUUUAGACGAACAUUUCCAUAAGCUGGCCAUGGAUGCAUCUGAGCCAUACCUUAGCAUCGCCAAAUCUUACGCAACGAUAAACGCGCCACAGAUGCCGCGAAAAUGGGCACGACGAAGCGGAUGGACAAAAUAUAAUAGUGAUGGCUCCUGGGAACCUGUCGAUGCGCCGGACGAAUCUGCCUUGACUUUUGAUACGGAAGUUUUGUAUAAACAAAGCCCUUUUGCUGUCAUGGCUUGUGCAGUGAGCCCUACCCAUUGGUACGCGUGGCUAUCGCCGUGGCUACUGGGUGAAUCAGAGAAUGAUCGCCAUCUAGUGCCUCUAGGUGAUAUGUCUAAGCCGAGAAUCAUCGUUGGACACAAUAUUGGAUACGAUCGAGCUCGAGUACAGGAGGAAUACAAUAUCAAACAGUCGCGCAAUUUCUUUGUGGAUACCAUGUCUCUUCACGUGGCGGUCAACGGAAUGUGUUCUCAGCAGCGCCCAACCUGGAUGCGACACAAGAAAAACAGAGAUUUGAGAGAUAAGGUUGCGAAUGAUAGUAACGCCGUUGAACUGUCGGCAAUGCUCGAGAGCAAAAUGCUUAGCGAAGAAGAAGAGGAGUUAUGGGUCGGAAGAAGUUCGGUCAACUCGCUACGAGAUGUAGCAAAAUUCCAUUGUGAUGUGACAAUCGACAAAUCGAAGAGAGACUACUUUGGAGAAUUGGACAAGGACGGGAUAUUGAAUCGAUUGGACGAGCUUUUGGAUUACUGUGCUGCUGAUGUUGCGAUCACCCACCGUGUCUAUAAGAAAGUGUUUCCCAAUUUUCUCGAGGUCUGCCCUCAUCCGGUCAGUUUCGGUGCCUUGCGCCAUCUCUCAUCAGUCAUCUUACCCGUCAACGAGACCUGGGAGCAAUAUCUUCAAAAUGCCGAAAACACAUACCACAAACGUCUUGAUGAUGUGCAAAAACGUUUACUCGAGCUUUGUGAAGAAGCCUUGAAAAUCAAGGCUGACCCUGCACAGUACGAGAGUGACGCCUGGCUACGGCAGUUGGAUUGGUCUGGUCAAGAAAUCAAAAUGGUCAAGGGCAAAAAGAAAGGGGACCCACCCCGUCCAGCAGCAAGACAGAAGAAACCAGGCAUGCCAAAGUGGUAUAAAGAUCUUUUCCCUACCAGCAACGCCGACAUCAACCUUACCGUUAGAACUCGAAUUGCACCAAUUCUGUUGAAGCUGUCCUGGGAUGGUCACCCACUAAUAUGGUCCGAUAAAUUUGGUUGGACAUUCAAAGUCCCUGAGAAAGAGGCCAUUAACUAUCAAAACCAGCCAGUUACUCGAUGCGAUAUGAAUGAAGAAACUAAUCUAGAACUUCGAGACGACACGAAACACGUUUAUUAUAAGCUGCCGCAUAAGGAUGGACCGCAGGCUCGGUGCAUCAAUCCCCUUGCCAAAGGCUAUCUUACGUAUUUCGAGCGAGGUACGCUGUCUUCUAAAUUUGCCCUUGCCAAGGAGGCAUUGGAAAUGAAUGCGUCGUGCUCUUAUUGGAUCAGCGCUCGCGAUCGGAUUAUGAGCCAGUUGGUUGUUUAUGAAGAUGAUUUGAAUGGCCAAAAGGAAGCCAAGAAACAACUUGGAUUCAUUCUCCCUCAGAUCAUCCCGAUGGGUACCAUCACUCGUCGUGCUGUGGAAAACACAUGGCUCACUGCCAGUAACGCCAAGGGUAACCGCGUUGGUUCUGAAUUGAAGGCAAUGAUUAAGGCUCCGCCAGGUUAUGUAUUUGUUGGCGCCGAUGUUGACUCUCAGGAGCUGUGGAUCGCCAGUCUGGUCGGUGAUGCACAAUUUCAGCUCCAUGGAGGCAAUGCUAUUGGUUUCAUGACCCUGGAAGGUUCCAAAGCAGCUGGAACCGAUCUGCACUCACGAACUGCGUCUAUCCUUGGAAUUUCUAGGAAUGAUGCGAAAGUCUUCAACUACGGGCGCAUAUACGGUGCUGGGUUGAAGUUCGCUUCUACCUUACUCCGUCAAUUUAAUCCUACACUCACGGAAAAGGAGACUAGUCAGAUUGCUUCCAAGCUGUACAAGGAGACUAAGGGCACUCGUACAACACGCAAGAUCUUGAAUGAUGGGCCUUUCUGGCGAGGAGGCACCGAAUCGUUUGUUUUCAACAAGUUGGAAGAGUUUGCUGAGCAGGAACGGCCGCGCACUCCAGCAUUGGGGGCCGGCAUUACUGAGGCUCUCAUGCGUCGGUUUAUCAACAAGGGUAGUUUUAUGACGUCGCGCAUCAACUGGGCUAUUCAGUCUUCGGGUGUUGAUUAUUUGCAUCUUUUAAUUACCGCCAUGGACUUUCUCAUUCGACGCUUCAACAUCGAUGCUCGAUUGGCGAUUACCGUUCAUGAUGAAAUCCGGUAUCUAGUCAAGGAAGAGGACAAAUACCGUUCUGCGAUGGCUCUACAAAUUGCCAACGUCUGGACCCGUGCCAUGUUCUCACAGCAAGUUGGCAUUGACGAUCUUCCGCAAUCAUGUGCGUUUUUCUCGGCAGUCGAUAUCGAUCAUGUUCUUCGAAAAGAAGUCAACAUGGACUGCGUGACUCCAUCCCAUCCGACCAAGAUUCCGCACGGAGAGAGUCUUGAUAUCCAUCAACUCAUAGAAAAGGGAGAAAGUGCAUACCUUGAUCCUUCAAUCACACCGAUUCUACCCCCUUCACCCGAUCAAUAUUCUUAUACGCCUAGAAAAUCAGUCAUGUCAGCUCUUACGAGUUCCAAUGAUAUUGCCUUUAUUCAAGCCCAAAUCGCCAAAGAUGACAAGGAACUGCGCGACAUCAUCAAGGAGAAAUCGGCGACCCUGGCAAAAUCCAAAGGUUCGACCCGCCAACGAACGGCUGCGCCGAAACCUGCAGGUGAGCCACAGCGAGCGUUGCUCAUGGAAGACUGGAAUGAUUACGGCCGCCAGCAUUAUCCGAACGCUUCGAAGCAGAACGCAUUCCCAUUCUCGAAAUACCCGUUUAAGCACCGUCCGACUGCGCGUGCGUGA